UGUCGAGAAUUUUCCAUCUCAGCGUAAGUUUCUACGGUUGGUAACUGCCAUACUAGUAGCGAUUAUGCAAAAAUUACUAAAAGCUAACUUCGCCGGCGUAGUGUGCGCUUUAUGCCUUGUAUCGGUGUUCAGUGCUGAUGACUACUCUUCGACAUGGUCGCUGGAUCCGUUUUUGGGAAGCUAUGACAUGAUAUGGGCGCAGCAAACGAAUAUGAUCAAUUUGACUACCGGGGUUCAAGGGGUACCAUUAUCGGUUACGCUGGGUGGAGAACGACAGACUUUUGUGAAACUGGCCGACGGAAAGUAUCAACAGACGGUGGGCCGGAGUGAUCCCCAAUAUCAAGCAAUAUUGGUAUUUGAGUUGGGCAAACCGGGAUUUCUGAAAAUACCCAAUACGAACAACACAAUCAAUUUUACCAUGAGUAUGGUCAAUGCCACAACCAUCCAGUCAAGUUACCACUUUACCUUCGACAAUGGCCAACGUACUGCGGAUUUUCUUUCGCAGUUUGCAUUUAAACCAGACGCUAGCGGGUUUUUCGAUACGGUUGUAGUGACAAACCCAUCGAAUUUUGUGGCAACGGCGCCAUUCUACCGACUUCCGGAUGGGUAUACCGGACCUAUUACUCUGGGUCCAUCUUGAAAUCCGGACUGCGAUCUCUAGUUCAAUCCAACUGUGAUAAAACGCUUGUUGUUUUUAUCUUUUUUAAAGAACAUGCCUGGCUUCUGAUUUGUGCGAACAUGAGUCUUCAACGAAAUGUUACGUUUUUUAUCUGAAAAAACAGAAAAACCUUUUUGGAAUUCCUAUACCCACUAGCAUUUUACGCUAGUACAGAUACUGGUGCUCUACAGUACUAAUAAUAUUUUACUUUUUGCUAACGGAAAUGUAUUAAUUAUUGCAGUUAGUAAACCUUAGUUUCCUACAACGGGUUUUUUUAAAUG